CUGCACCCUGCACUCUGGCUCCUGCGUGGGCUCCCUCUGCCUGUCUGCCGGUGCGCUGAGGCUAGCACUGCUUGGCCGCUCUUCUCGCCUGUGCUGCUACCCUGUUUCCCGGCCCACUCUACCAGACCCGGUGGGCUCCUCCCUCUCCACCAUGCAGAGAACCCUAGUCACUGGCUCAUCAGGUUCUUCAGUGAGGCUGGAGGUUUGAUGCAGCCCGGCUUCUCAGGAGCAGGCUCCAGUGCCCGGUUUAUCAUAACGUCUGCUCUGCCUAUGGCUGUUCUAAAUUUGGGCCAAAUAUAUCCAUUUCAGAGAGGCUUUUUCUGUACUGACAACAGCAUCAAGUAUCCAUACCAUGACAGUACCGUCAGAUCCAUUUUGCUCGUCAUAGUGGGGCUUGGCUUACCCAUUUCCUCUAUGAUUGCUGGAGAGAGUCUGUCUGUUCACUUUGGCACCUUGCAGUCAAAUUCCUUUGUUGGCAAUCACUAUAUAGCCACUAUUUACAAAGCCAUUGGAGCCUUCUUGUUUGGAGCUGCAGCUAGCCAGUCCCUAACUGACAUUGCCAAGUACUCUGUAGGCAGACUUCGUCCUCACUUCUUGUCUGUUUGUGACCCAGAUUGGUCAAAAAUCAACUGCAGUGAUGGCUAUAUUGAGAACUACAUAUGUAGAGGGAAUGCAGCAAAAGUCAGGGAAGGCAGGUUGUCCUUCUACUCUGGCCACUCUUCGUUUUCUAUGUACUGCAUGAUGUUUACAGCACUUUAUCUUCAAGCCAGGAUGAAAGGAGACUGGGCAAGACUCUUACGCCCCACACUGCAAUUUGGUCUUGUUGCUUUAUCCAUAUAUGUGGGCCUUUCUCGAAUUUCUGAUUACAAGCAUCACUGGAGUGACGUGUUGGCUGGAUUCAUUCAAGGAGCUGUGGUUGCAAUAUUAGUUGCUGUAUAUGUAUCGGAUUUCUUCAAGACCAGACAUUCUUCUUACAAAGAAAGAAAAGAGGAUGACUCACACACCACUCUACAUGAAACCACUGCCACUGCACACACGUAUUCAAGCAACCACCAGCCUUGAAGGGGGUGAGGGAACUGGCCAGCUUUCUAAAGGAAACCAUUGGAAGCAGAAAGCAGGAGGAUGCAUAUUACUUUCUGGUGUAUAGGCCAUUACAGGACUGCUGCUAUACCUCUUGGAUACACCCACUUUACCUGUGUAUAUAGUUACAUUUAACACAAUGAGUAUCUAAUAGUUCAAUUAAAAAAAAAAAUUCAAGCCUUCCACUAAAAACACUGCCCCACCUGUACAUUUUUUUAAUUGAAAGAUGCUAUGUACAAAUGCGUAUGUUACAUGCCUUCUUAGAAUGAUAUCUGAUUUAAAUAUAAUAAAAUGCUUGGAACAACUCUCUUGA